GAAAAGGAGUCCAAACUAAGAGAGCUGUCAUCGACAAGACAACGAUUGCUUUCGAUGGAGGGGCUUCAAUCCUGAUUACAUCAUCUGUUGGAUUAUAUCAUAAGUGGGUGAAUACACUGAAAUCUGAUAAGAAAUGGUUUUGAGCUCUCAAGUUGUGAUCGCUCCAUCCUCGUCAACCUCAUCAUCUUCAGAAAGAAGAGAUGAAAAUAGCAGUGGAAGAAGGUUUACCGAGCGAUCAGAGACAGACAGUCACGAAGACAAAAGUGACAGAGGGAAAAGCAGCAGAGACAGAGACGGGCAAGAUGACAGAGAAAAGGAAUAUAGAGGAAGAGAUGAUAAGAUAGAGCGAAGUCGAGGGGAACGUGACAGGGAUGAAAGAAAGAGAGAAUCAAUGUAUGACAGAAGGAGUAAUGAGGAUAGAUACAAGGAAGAUAGACAUAAGGAUGAUAGAAGAAAGGGUGAUGACAAGGAAGAAAGAAAAGCAAGACACAGUAAGCACAAACAUGAGAAGAAAAGUAAGAAAAAACAUAAGCAUAGGUCAAGAUCUACUUCAAGAGAAAGAAGCAAGGACAGUAAGAGGAAGCUAGAUAAUGAUACUGCACAGGAAUCAGCCAAAAGGAUAAAAACCGAUGAACAAGAAGAGGAGGAAGAGAAGCAACCUGUUAAAAGAGAGCCACUGUCAUUGGAACAAUUGAUCGCUAAGAGGGAGGCAGAGAAAAAAGCACAAGAAAAGCCAAAGUUUUUGACAAAAGAAGAGCGUGCAGCAGAAGCGUUGAAAAGAAGACAGCAACAAGUGGACGAACAACGGAAGAAACUUGAGGAAGCAAGACAGACGCGAGAGAAAUAUUUCAAAGAUUUUGAUAAGACAAAGGAUGAUUCUGAGCGAGAUAGGCAACGAGAAAGGAGAAGCAGAGAUUAUGACCGAGGUAGAGAUUCUGAAAGAAGAAGAGAGAGAGAAAAGUCUUCAGAGAAAGAGAAGUCCCAAAAAGACACUGGUGUACAGGAUGACGAGUUCACGAAGGACUCACGAGCAGUCGAUGCUAUCCAGGCGAGGUAUCUGGGAAUAGUGAAAAAGAAACGGAAAAUAAGACGAUUGAAUGAUCGGAAAUUUGUGUUUGACUGGGAUGCUGGUGAGGACACUUCUGCUGACUACAAUCCCCUCUAUAGCAAGAAGCAUGAAGUUCAGUUAUUUGGCAGGGGGCACAUAGCUGGAAUCGAUGUUAAGAGCCAGAAAAAGACACAGUCUCAGUUUUACGAUGAUCUUCUUGAAAAGAGAAGAACAGAGGUGGAAAAAUCCCAGGCUGUGAAACGGUUUAAAACCGUGGCCGAAAAAGAGACGGAAAAAGAAUACAAAGAAAGACACUGGACCAAGAAACCUUUAGAAGAAAUGACAACAAGGGAUUAUCGUAUUUUCAGAGAGGAUUUCCAUAUCUCAUGCAAAGGUGGGAACAUUCCGAAACCAAUUCGGUACUGGAAAGAAUCUGGUUUACCUAGAGAUAUUCUAGAUAUCAUUGAUGACCUCAGUUACAAAGACCCAACGCCAAUUCAAAGGAUGGCAAUCCCAAUUGGCCUUCAAAACAGGGACAUUAUCGGAAUUGCAGAAACAGGAAGUGGCAAGACAGCAGCUUUUGUGAUCCCUUUGCUUGUAUGGAUCAUGGGUCUACCUGCUUCAGAAAGAGACACUGGGGAUCAAGGACCCUUUGCGAUAAUCCUGGCACCGACAAGAGAGUUGGCACAACAGAUUGACGAAGAAACCCAAAAAUUUGCUAAAAAACUCGGGAUAAGGACAGUCAAUAUCAUCGGUGGUCUCUCCAGGGAGGAUCAAGGUUUCCAGCUGAGGAUGGGAUGUGAGAUCGUGAUUGCAACUCCGGGUCGUUUGAUUGAUGUUUUGGAAAAUCGAUAUUUGGUUCUCAGCCAGUGUUCUUACGUCGUGCUUGACGAAGCUGAUCGCAUGAUUGACAUGGGCUUCGAACCAGAUGUGCAAAGGAUUCUGGAAUUUUUGCCAGUCACAAAUAUAAAGCCAGACACUGACGAUGCUGAAAAUGUUGAAAAGUUGACGUUAAAUAUGUUGUCAAAAGGACGUUACAGACAGACUGUCAUGUUUACAGCAACUAUGCCACCUCAGGUUGAGAGACUGGCUAGAGCCUACUUAAGGCGCCCAGCGGUUGUCUACAUCGGCUCCGCAGGAAAGCCCGUAGAAAGAGUGGAACAGCGAAUCAUGAUUAUAAAGCAGAAUGCGAAAAAGAAGAAGUUGGUUGAAAUACUAAAUGGUGGUGCAGAGCCCCCGAUUAUUAUCUUUGUUAACCAGAAAAAGGGAGCUGAUGUUCUGGCAAAGUCAUUAGAGAAGAUGGGGUAUCGCGCUACAACGCUUCAUGGCGGAAGAAGCCAGGAACAAAGAGAAUUCUCUCUCAAUUGCUUGAAGAAUGGCGAAAAAGAUAUUCUAGUUGCCACAGAUGUCGCUGGUCGUGGUAUUGAUAUCAGGGAUGUGUCUCACGUCAUCAAUUACGACAUGGCAAAAUCAAUCGAAGAUUACACACAUCGAAUUGGUCGAACAGGCAGAGCGGGAAAAACUGGUAUUGCAAUUUCAUUUUGCACUGAGGAUGAUUCUCCACUAUUCUACGACCUUAAACAGUUGGUCCUUACCAGUCCAGUUAGCCAUUGCCCUACAGAACUGGCGAAUCAUCCAGAAGCACAGCACAAACCUGGAACUAUUUUGACAAAAAAGCGGAGAGAAGAGACAAUUUUUGUGUAAAAAACACAAUGAUCAACACUGAUGCCCUGCUAGUGAUGUGAGCAGAAGUUUUUCUUAGCUAUGCUUGACUGUCACUUCUCAAAAAUGGUCAGGUUGCUGUUAUCAGUGAUGUAGCGACUCAAAAUAGAAACGGUUUAAGUAGGAAAGUUCAGUAAAAGUUGUUUUUGUAGUGUUCCCUCUAUGAUAAAACCUCUCCUUAUA